AUUAUAGUGAAGCUAUUGUAAUUCUGCAAAAUCGUUUUGCGAACCGACAAAUUAAAGGUAAUGUGUCCAUAUAAAAGGACUGCGUAUACCCAACUUGUCAAGCCACCCAUCAAAAUAACAGUUUGCGAUUGGUUAGUAUUCUUGCGAUGCAAAACUGCUCACAUGAAAAGCUGACCUCGCAGCAGUCUAGAUAAACAAAACGACCGUAGUGGCUGGGGCGAUGACAUGAAAUAUCAAAUGUUUCUAAAAACCCCCACAGAAUCGCUUGCUUUAGCUGGACACAUUACCUUUAAUAUUAAUGCUCACAUGGAAAGUUUUAUAAAUCUGCCCCAAGUUUCAUCGAAACGGGAUCUCAAAAACUUGCGAAAACUGUAUCAUGAAUUAGAAGUAAACAUUUGAAGUUUGAAAUCAUUAAAAGUAAAUCUUAACGAAUACUGUUGGGGAUACGAACGGCCAAAGUUUGAAAUGCAAACGAGACUUUUGAAAAAUGUAUUGAUGGAACAUGCGCAGUAAGGCUCGGGAAUGCCAGCGUUUUGGAGGGAAAGUUUGUGAAACUUCGAUCUCAACGCAAAGUGAACCGAGGAGCGAUUCUAAGCGAGCUAGGCACCAAUAUUCAACAGACGAGCAAGGGAAAAAAGUUUCAAUUGACCAUACACUCUCACAAUUGUUCUCUAUGCCAGGAUGCUGUCCGUUGCCCAGUAUUUUCGAUAUUGUUGCCCAGUAUGCGGAAUCACGGCACUAGACAAGCUUAAGAAGUUGCAAAAUCGCGCGGCCAGAAUAGUUACCAAUAGCCCGUACAACGCUUCUGCUUUUCUUAUUAUAGAGAAACUUGGCUGGCAGACAGUAAAUGACUUGAUAGUAGAAGAAACUUUGAAAAUGGUUUACAAGUGUACAAAUAAUGAGGCUCCCUCGUACCUUGCGUGCCUGUUCGACAGGUUAUCGACAGGUAAUCAGAAACCAGUACCCGGGAACUUCGAAACAUCGAAACCGAUCUUCGUGUCCUGUUUUUACGAACAUCAUGUGGCCAAAAAUGCUUUUCUUUUAGAGGGGCAAAACUAUGGAAUGGCCAGGACGCAAAAUCUAAAUUAACAAAACAUUUCAAACAAGUAAAAUGUUAUCUCGAAAACUCCAGAACAUAAAGAGACCCUUUUUAUUCCUGGUGUUACUUCCAGUAUUUUAAAUGCUUUUAAUUUGUUGUUCUAAUCUGUAUAUUUGUAUAUCUGUAUUGUUAAAUUUUAGCGUUUAUCGCUUUCAUUGUACAGGGCAGCUUGGAAAGCAAUUUAUGUAUGUAGUUGAUAGCUUUACACUGUGUAAAUAAUUAAAAACAAAAUAAAUAAUAAAUAAAGGAAGAAGUCCCAAAGGAGGACUGGGUGCAAGAACCCCAUUCUAAAAAUAGCUUCGGGGUGUUUUGAAGUGGGUCUACAUCUCAUCUUAUUCAGCACGUCAAAUUGCGCAAGAAUACAAAGUUUCCAGUUCAAAACUUGCAUAGGUAAAAAGAUAUAGAGAAAGGCCCGAAGGAGGACUGGGUACAAGUACCCCAGUCUAAAAAAUAGCUUUUGGGGAAGUUUUUAAAUUGGGGUCUGCAACCCAUGUUUUUCAGCAUGUCAAAUUAUGUACUUGUACCAAGUUUCAUGCUUGUAUCAUGAAAUGCACAAUUCAACUGCUAAGCGACUGCACUAUAAAGCUGAAUUCACCCUGGACGCGUCGCGGCGCAGCGCGCCACUGAGCGUCAUCGAGCGUCGCGUCAUGCAUUUUUCAUCCUAUUCACACACGGUGCGUCAUCGAGCGGCGCGUUUUCUUCUGUUUUCCAAUACUGUUCACAGCAAACUUGCAAAAUUCUCGACAAGUUGUACUGGAUUCCUUGCAUUGUAAAAUCAAGCCGGACAUUUAAGUUUGCUACAGAAACGGAUGAAACGGUAAUCUGAAGCUAAUAUAUCAAAAACAGCAUCUUGGCCUGAAUCGUCAUCUUGGCAUCGAGGUAUUCUAUGUAUUUCAAUUAGUCUCGUGCGGUUUCUUCGACAUUUCGGUUCGAGAGGUUGGCCAAUGUUUUGACAGGAAGACGAUUCUCUUCAAGCAUUCAUUAGAGAACUGAAAUAUUUAUUGAUAUCAAAGAUUUUGAAGGUCUUACUACAAUUAGCAAAAUGUUUGGCUUUACGGAUUCAUGGGGUUUCCUUUCCUGCCAAAAUUCGAGGGAAAAUUAAACACCUUAUUUUUAUCAACACUCCCCAAAAUUUCCAUGUAUUAAAUCCCUCGGAAGUAUACCUUUGGAAGGUAUUGAAAGCUUAACGGGGAGUGAUUGAAAUACUUUUUUUACCAAAACGGAACAUAUAAUGACUCAAAAUCAUUGUUGAAUUGAAUCGACGAGGCAACUUUAUAUCAUCGAAGAGACUCUAAACACGAAUAAUACUGUUACUUAUCAUGAACUAAUAUAGAUGCGAUUUGUUUUUGUUACUUUCAGGAUUUAGCCCCCCGAUGCUUUAAUCAGAGAGACUCAUCAAAGUAUAUUCUACCGUACAAGCAAUACAGUUUCAUAAUGGCCUAUUUCAGAAACUCCUUGUUUACGUUUCUGGCUGUCCUCUAGGUUUUCUAUUGUUCUGAAGCGUCACCGAGCGUCAAAGUUAAAUUUAUUUAACUUUGACGCUCGGUGACGCGUGGCUGAAAAAACGCGCUGCGUGCGCAUAGCUGCCGAAAAUGCUAACCAUAUUUGGUCAGCGUCAUGACGCGCCGCGCCGUGACGCGUCCAGUGUGAAUUCAGCUUAAGGCUCCCUUGUUAGAUGAGAUGUAGGUCAAAUCUUUAUGUUGUAGGAUAUUUGAAUAACAAUGGUUUUAAAAUGUACCAACAAUGAUCGAUUUUAUGUAUAACCCCCCCUUACGUCGAUGAAGAUGACUCCAGACAAGAGUCCCUUGUCGAAAUUCGGAUACCAGCCAUUGGUACUCUUAAGUAAGCAUUUCAAUACGGAGUAAAAUGGCCUAAGACCCGACUGAUCUGUGUAGAAAAAUUCACUCUCAGUAAAAUAAUUAAAUAUUCGAAGACUUAGGUUUGCCUAUCCUGGAUACCAGACUCGCUCUUUAUAAAAUAUGAAAGAUUGGCUGCUCGGUAUAUUCUGCCGUAUUUUCAUGAUUUGUUUUGAUUAUUUGAGCAAAGACCCUUGAAUGAUAACAGAACUUCGACCGAUCGCCGUACAAAACAUAAACAAAUGUUCCUGGGUUUAACUACAAGUACCAGAAUGCAUUGGGCAGUGACGUGGUUAGGACUAAAGUCUAUCCACUAUCCAAGCCAAUAUGGAUCGAUUCGAUAUUAACUCACAGCUCGAAGCUAUCGGUUUUGGAAAGUUUCAAAUCAUGGCAAUAUUCGUUAUGGGCUAUAGACUUUUCUGCUAUGGAUCGACAAAUAGCCUUCUCGCCAUACUUGAACCAUACCUCCGUAAAAACUGGCAUCUGAGUUACUGGACUUCAACAUGGCUUGUCCUUCCCGAAGUAUUAUCAAGCAUACCUGGAUCGAUCUUGCUUGGCAGAUUAGCAGACAUAUAUGGCAGAAGAAAGAUUUUGAUUCUGGUCCUUAUAUUGAAUUCUUACUUCUCUGCACUCUACUCGUUCUCUACUAACUUAUAUCUCAUGGGCAUAAUUCGAGGAUUUAUUGGUCUUGUAUCUUCAAGUAACGUGAUAGCAUAUACCUACCUACUAGAAAUUUUGCCACUUUCCCAGCGAAAAUAUUCGUCUUUGUUGCAUGUAACAUUUUUUGCUGGAACUGCUUAUGGGAUUUUCGCUGGUAGAAUCUCGAUAGAACACUUGACGUGGCGCUGGUUCGUCAUACUCUCCGAGGCAAUACCCCUUGCAGUGGGGGCAUGUUUGAUGUUUUUAGUUCCCGAAUCUCCAAGAUACUUGCUGGUUUCUGGCCGGACUGACGAUGCAGAAGAUUCGCUGCAAAGGAUCGCCCGAAUCAAUGGCUUGGAGAAAGGAUAUAUUUCUUUGUUGGGAAGUAGCUCUGGUGGACAAUUCAGUGUUGAACAGAAAAAUGACGAAGAGGAUUUAUCUCCGCUUGAGAUUGCGAAAAGAAUCAUUUUGGUUUCUUACAUACAGUUUUUAGGAUUUCUAUAUGCAGCAAUGAUGCGAUUUGGAGCGAUGCAGUUUGGUGAAAAUUCAGAUCUGAACAAAGAAACAUCAUGCUCAGUGCACUUCACUUACAAAUAUAUUUGGGCUUUGGAGAUUUCCGUCUUGCUUGCUGUUUUUACAUCGUAUUUGCUGUUAGGGAAGUUCACAAGAAGACAGUCCUUUUACUUUCUGAUUACAUACCUAUCUUUGUGUAUUUUACCGUUGUAUUGGGAUAUUCGUGGCUGGCUCCUAACCAUCUUUAUGACCCUUUCAGGUUUAGGAUUUGCGGCUUUUAACACCAUUGUGUAUGUUUACGGGGCAGAACUUAUUCCAACAUCGACCAGGUCCUUCGGUUGUGGCAUUUCUGAAGCGGCUGGCCAAGCAGGGGCUUGCUUAGGACAGUUCAUAGCGCUUUAUGUCCAUCAAGUUAGCAUUCACUUGUCGUUCGGAAUUUUGCAUGGCUUUUCUGUAAUAGGUAUCUUACUCAUGCUUACUUUUUUCAAAGAGACUAAAGAAAAACAUUUGAAAUAGAUUUCUUAAGUGUGAGGGGGCUGUAGGGGUUUGUCGAUCUGCAGAGGUUGGGUAGUUUUGUACGCGGAUUUCAGAUUUUUGGUUGUUUCAGAAUUUGACAGGAAAACCUAGCAGAUUCGCUACCCCUACACCCCGAUGUGACGUCAUUGGAAGAUCUAUUUUUAGUAUUAUUUCCUUUAAAUACAUACUGUACAUAACGCCAUAUAAGAACACCAUAAAAUUCCUCUGAAUAUGGAAAAUCAGCUUAAAAUACCUAGCUGAUAUACAGGGGCGGAUUGGCUCCAAAUUUAGGGCCCGGGCCAAUUCGUCGAGAAAGGGCCCCGAAAAUUAAAAAUAAGUUUACGGGUAUUCCCAAAGCUGUUUGUUGCAUCACCUGUUUAUACUGGCUUAAAACGUUAUUGGAAUAUUGCUAUUAAUUCUAAUUAGUAGCCACCAGGGAUUUAGGCGUAUGUCUAAUUUACAAUCCUUAGUCCAGGUCAGCACCAUUUUCAUUGGAAAUUUCAUUCUGAUGUAGAUAAGAGAUGAGAGAAAAUCAUGACAUUUCGGGGAGGGGAAUUAUUGUUUUCUAGCUGAAGGACUUUUAAAGGGUGGCCUCAGUGAUAAAAAACGGCGAAUGGUAUUUAGAGGGGUCACCAUUUUCGAUCACUGAGGCUCUGGUACCCAGGGUAGAACUUAAUGAAAUAUCUAAGUUAUUCAAGAAAUAUCUAAGUUAUUCAAAACAAUCUUGAUAUGUAAUUUUCCAGUCAAAGCAUAAUAGGGGUUGAUGUUUUUUCGAUCAAUGGUUAAGCAGCCAGGUUAAUUGAUUGUUUGCGCAGCAACCAAGAUGGUAACAUCAGUAACAGGUAGGGGCAGGCGAAACGAUAACGAAGUAGGGGACGGGGUGAAAUGUUUAGAUUAUUCAGGGCUUAAAUAAAGGCCACCACCAUGGUUAGGGAUUCUGGCCGAAUUGAAGAAAAAUUAUCGAAAUAUUACAUUACAGAGAUGGCCAGAAAAUGCAUCUAGAAUAUUUGCCAUAUCAAUUUUGAUGAAAGGACGAUCCUAGGCAACACAUUCAAGCUUUCAUUUACAAUAAUUUCCUAGAAUUGCUGUGCUCUUUUAUAAAAAAAAUUCGGAAAAUCGAAUCAAAAUUUAAAGGAAAAGUAAAAUAAAAUUAAGAAGAAUGAAAGUUCCGGAGUAAGGUUUUCAUGGGUCCAAUGGUUCAUUUUUCCCAAAAGCUUACAAUUAAUAAUUGUCAAAUAGCAUUCUUUUGUACAGUUGAGUGAAGGAUUUUUUUGUACUAGAAUUUCGAAUGUUCUGAGGGAUACUAUUCCAAAUUUUGAUUCCUGAAUGUGUAAUGAAGUUUUUCUUAUAAUUAGUUCUUUCUGCUGGAGUAUAAAAUUUACCAGAUUUGGCUUGCCGUGUAUCGAUAUUAUGCUGGUUGCUCGCUAGUUGAAAUAAGUGUGAAUAAAGGCUGGAAUAGCUUCCUUUAGAUAUUUCAAACAUAAAUUUGGCACAUUUCAGUUUGUAUGUGUCUUCUAAAUUCAACAAUUUAAGGUUUUUUAGGAUUGGUUUCGAAGGUUCCAUUUGCGUUUUAAAAGUAAUAAUUCUCACUGCUUUCUUUAAACAUUUGCUAAGUUUAUUUAGCGAGCUGGGAUAGGCACCGCCCCAAUUGGUUAUACCGUAGUUAGUAUGUGGUGAAAUAACUUUUGACAAAAUACCAAUACUUUUUGCGAUUUUAGUUGUGAUAUGAUGUCAAUUCAUGUCUACACUUCUAUGAGCAUAAAGCUUGAAAUGCAUCUCAGUCUUCCAGCUGUAUCUCGUUUCUUUUUAUUGUUUAGUUUACAAUGGGAGACAUUUAAAACUUAUUCAUUUUUGCCGGCCCGUAGACUGCUAGACUGGAUUGGGGGGGCAUGAAUAGAAGUAUAGCCUUUUCUAUACCUGCCUUACGAAAUACUGUCAGAUCAAGCUGCCCUUAUAAGAUCUUACAGCAAUUUUCGCAAAUUAUUGAGAGGGUGCAUUGCCCCCUGCCCCCAGUGUCUACGAGCCUGUUAUUUUGCAAAGUUCGUCAGGGCAAAUCUCGCAUGGUUUUCGCCACGUCAGCAAAUUUUAGAAUUUAAAACUAGCACAGUCAGACCACGCCAAUGGAAUUAUGACAAAAUUUUGCCGAUGAAAUACACCAAAAUUUGGCGUAAGUACCGAUAGUUUAUACCUAAGAUCGUUGGUGGUAUGGAUGUACUGGAGCAAAAAUAUUGUCAGAGCUGAGGGUGUUGUGCCCUUUUGCUGUUUUGAUCUAUACUCUCAAAUCUAUUUGUUUAGCAUUUAAAUAAUGUACCUUCCUAGAAAUUGAGCCACAAAAAUUGUCAUGUCCUUACCACCUUAACCUAUGAUUAAAUGAAAACAUUUAAACUGAGGGCCCGAAAUGAAAAUUUAUCAGAUUUUGGAACUUCCAGUUAAAUAACGUACUAUUGCA